AUGUACAGAAAACCAACCACCAAAUCGGCUUCAGGGCAUCCGGACAAUGGGAGUGCUCCAUUGAGGACUGUACAGCUUCGGGUAAGCUCGAUCGAAUACGCGGAUAUCGGAAGUCAGAAUUACCACGCCGAAACGCAAGGUGGCUUUGACUCUAAGAGCGAAACUUAUGAAAAGGGGAAUCCUGAGGAAUUCGCCCGUCAGGACCACGAGGAUGAUGAUGACUCGGAAGAAGAUGAGGAAGGGAAUGUGGAGGAUGAUGAGGAGGAUGAUAAAUCAGGCGAAUCAGUAGACGAACGACACGAGACGAACGAGGAAGAAGAGGGAGAAAAUGAAGAGGGAAAGGGUCUCGAAAAAGAUACUAUGCAAGGUCUGCAAAGUCUGAAGAUUGAUGAAGAUGAGGUUAUGGAAGAUUCUACCGAAGCUGGGUCCGGGGUCAAGGACGACUACGAGGAUAGAGAAAGUGCAAGUACCGAAGAAACCGUUGCCCCCGGCUGGAGAUACUUUAUGGACACCUUCCAAGCCAAUUUGCAUGUCUCAAGAACUUUGUUCAAUUUCGAUCUCCAAUUGACAGACGAGGAAGUUAAUUGGUGUCGCCAACUUAUGAUCACCCCUCCCUCUGACCAUAGAAAUGUUAGAGGUUUAGCUUCGUACGUCCAGGAGGGCCAAUAUGACUUGAUGCGCCGAAUCUCAGAUAUAGCCAAGGUGGCAGUUCACUCUGGAAACAGACCACACUAUGGGUUCCAGUAUGAAAUCUGGGCUUAUAAACUAGGGAAUUUCCCAGGUCAACUAGAAGCCUUCGCGGAGAAUUUUGAUUUGAGGAGGAUUUUCGGCUGCGAUACAGCUUACACGAAUUUUCCAUUGACUGCGGGAGAGGUUUUAUCCCUUCUACAUUCAUGCGGGAAGUUAAAUAAAACCGGCCUCAAUUUAGAGAUCCAUCUUGGCCUAGACAUUCUGACAUCCGCGGUUAUGUUCGACGCUCUCCCGGUUCCGAUUGUUCACCCAACUUUGGUGGAAAACUUUAUGCAAAUCGCUCGCUCUAAUUCAAAAAGAAAUCAAGGAGCGGGCUUCGGGCCUUGGGGUAUCGUCGAAAUCGAGGAGCUUGAUUUCAGUCACGAUUACAUCGUUCAAUUUUACCCCGUGGAUCGCACAACAGUCGGUGACCAAACAUUGAAUCAACAAGUUCGACCACAGGAGCUCCUGAAACUGAGAAUUAUCAGAGCUUCCUGCCCAGUGCCAACUCAAAUUCAGAAAAAUAGCUGGGAACUUUCCACUUUGUUGGUUAGAAAGGGGCUCAAAUGCACCAUAGACAGAUCCCGAAAGAAAGGGAAAACGCAAUACUUAUGCAGAGCAACGGUUAGCUGCGCUGGUGCCGGUUUCAAGGUCUGGACGAUAAAAGCCAUAUCUAACUCACCAGAGGCAGCCUAUCGCAAACUCGGUCAUCAGCUUUACCGUCAGAUCAAUGUCGACUAUGAUCACGACCAUUUUACAUCGGCUAACAGAACGACAUCCUUGGGAUUGGGCAGUGAUUGA